AUCAGCGCUAUUAAGCUCUGCUUUGUUCCAUGCACAUGUCUUGGAUGUCCCUGUUGUGUCCCCCGCUGUACCUCAGAUCGACCAGGAUUGUAUCUCUUUAGAUACCAAGCAGAUGUUGGCCGAGAAGUAAUUCUGUUUGUAUGGUAUCUCAGAGUCACCCGGUGACUCUGGGAGCAGAGAGUGGGGUGCCGCAGAUGAAUACCCCCAUCAUCUUAGAACAGCUCAUGAUUAAAAAAUCUCAACAGAAGAGGAGAACGUCCCCCGCAAACUUCAAGUCCAGAGUCUUUGUCCUUACCCAAUACUCACUCAACUACUAUGAGCAUCGGCAAGGGAAAAUCCGUAAUCUUCGAGGCUCUAUCAAAUUAUCUAAUAUCAAAUGCAUAGAGAUUGUGACAACUGAUGUAUGUAUCUCCUGCAGGAACAAAUACCCAUUCCAGGUGGUACAUGAUAAUUACUUUCUGUAUGUAUUUGCACCAGACAGAGAAAGUCGGCAGCGAUGGGUAUUGGCUUUAAAAGAAGGUACCAGGAACAAUGACAGUCUCAUCCCCAAGUAUCACCCUAAUUUUUGGCUGGAAGGAAGGUGGAGAUGCUGUUCCCAAACAGAGAAGAUGGCAGCUGGGUGUGCUGUGUACGACCCAAACAAGGAUGCCACGAAGAAGCCUUUGCCUCCCACGCCAGAUGACAACAGGCUGCAGACAAGCUGGGUACUAGCGUUAUAUGACUACAGAGCGCAUACUUCUCAAGAGCUGGCUCUUUGCAGAGGGGAGGAGUAUCUGCCGUUGGACAAGUCUGAACCCCAUUGGUGGAAAGUACAAGAUAAGAAUGGGCACAUAGGGUAUGCUCCGAGUACCUUCCUAGCUGUGCAGAAUGAAGACAGUCUGUUGACUUAUGAAUGGUACAACAGGGGUAUCAACAGAAAUCAAGCAGAAAAGCUGCUCGUUGAAAGAGGAGUAGAAGGAGCCUUCAUGGUCCGAGAUUCAAGACAAGCUGGAAUGUACACUGUAUCGAUCUUCACUAAAGCUUUUGGUGAGAAAAAUCAAGUUGUGAAACAUUAUCACAUACGGGAAACAAAUGAUUCUCCACCCAAAUAUUACUUGGCUGAGAAAUUUCUCUUCACUAACAUUCCAAAACUCAUUAAUUACCAUCAGCAUAAUGGAGGAGGUUUGGUUACUCGACUUCGUUAUCCUGUGUGUUCGUGGAAGGAGACACUACCUGUUACUGCUGGAUUGAGUUAUGGAAAAUGGGAGAUUGACCCUACCCUCCUGACUUUCAUAGAGGAUAUUGGCAGUGGACAGUUUGGAUUGGUCAAGGUUGCAUUCUGGCAAGAUAUACAGAAGGUUGCAGUCAAGAUGAUUAAGGAAGGAAUGAUGUCAGAAGAAGACUUUGUAGAAGAAGCCCAGGUGUUGAUGAAACUUUCUCACCCUAAGCUGGUGCAGUUUCUGGGUGUCUGCACUCAGCAACAUCCCCUGUUUUUGGUUUUCGAGUUCAUGGAACAUGGUUGUCUGAGUGAAUACCUUCGCAGGAACCGGGGCUCGCUUUGUCGGGGAAUGGCUUUGGAGAUGUGUCAAGAUGUAUGUGAGGGGAUGGAAUAUUUAGAAAAAUCUAAUUUUAUCCACAGAGACCUGGCAGCACGUAACUGUCUGGUUGGGGAGUCAUUGGUCGUGAAGGUUUCAGAUUUUGGAAUGACCAGGUUUGUUCUUGAUGAUCAGUACACAAGCUCCACCGGCACCAAGUUCCCUGUGAAAUGGUCUGCUCCAGAAGUAUUCCGAUAUGGACGCUACAGCAGUAAAUCUGACGUGUGGUCUUUUGGUGUGCUAGCCUGGGAAAUUUUCAGUGAGGGCAAGACACCCUUUGAGCAUCUUAGCAACUCGGAUGCUGUAGAAGAAAUAUCAGCUGGUCUGAGACUCUUCAAACCCAAGAUGGCUAAUGAGAAGGUGUACAAACUAAUGAACAACUGUUGGGAAGAGAAAGCAGAACUACGGCCCACAUUCUCCAGCCUGAUGAGAGAAAUCGCAGAAAUUAUAGAAUGUGAAUUGUGACGUACCAUCCGAGAUAGAAGAACAGUGAUACAUCCAAAUAUUUAUAUUUUUAUUCAGAGUGCUUGGUGCAAAAAAAAAAAAUCAUCACAGAGCUUGGAAAAAGUAAGAUUUUAGUAAUGUGAGUGUGACAUGUGAUAAUCGAGCAGGAGCUGGGUAGAACUACAUCCCAGUGGCUUUGUGAAGACUUACUGAGAAAUUGAGCUUGUCUUCACUUUGAGAUAUCGGAGCUGAAUGGAGUAAAGCACAUGUAAAAUCAAAAGAACAAUGCA